AUGGUCAAGCUUUUAGCACUGGAAGGAGACCCUUCCAAGUUCUCGCUUGCGCAAGCGUUCGCGGCUAUUCCUCCAAACAUUAGCGGAGAUGAUCAUUUCUUGGUCGUGCAAACAUUGCUCCGAGGUGGUGCUGCGGGCCCAGAGGUAGACGAAGCACUUCAUGCGGCGGUUCUGUCUCAUCGCAAAGCCCAUCGUCUCAUUGAAGUACUUGUCCAAUUCGAAGCAAAUGUCACCGAAGAAACGCUACUUGCGGCAAUUUCUCAAGGCUCUACCAAAAUCCUCGACAUCUUACUUACCGGCAACAUUCCAGCCUCAAUAUGCGCCAAGAGAAUCACGACUGCCAUGAAACUUCCAAUGACUGCGGCAAGAUUCAAUAUCAUCAAAAGACUUCUUGGCCCUGCCACUAUAUCUAACCCGGAAGUUCCGGAAGUGUCUCAAGCAGUUAUUGAUAUUCUGAAGAAUUGUCCUGAUGACAUGGACCUACUAGACUUGCUUUGUCGACAAGGCAAGGCAAAUCUCAACUUCGAAGACGGACUUGCAGUACUGCUAGCUACCAAGAAUCCCAAUUUCACUGUACUCCAGAUUCUCUUGAAUUCUGGAACUUUUCUCCCAUCCUCGGCUACCAUCGAAAAGGCUCUGGAAUGUGCCAUCAAUCUUCCACUUACCGAUGUCAAUCGACAUAAAAAGGUCAAAGCCCUUCUGUGGAAAGUACGACCUCAAGAAGCGAUCAACAAAGCUCUCAUCCAGGAAAUUGAUUCUGCCCUGAAAUCGGGCCAAUACUCGCCAGUCAUAGCGAUCCUCCUCGACGUAGGUGCCGACGUGAAUGCAGAAGAUGGCAUGCCACUUCGCUUGGCUGUGAGCGACCCGAAUCUCACCGACCUCUUGCUCUCAAAGAGACCAAGUGUCAAGUCUCUCUCACUCACGUUUCCGGUUGCUCUUGGUAUGAAGGACCCGACAAGACUCCUGUUGUGCGAGAAAUUGCUACGAGCUGGAGCUGUUGGGGAAGAAAUCAAUAAAGCACUCUGCGCGAUUGUCGAAGAAGGACCUGCCGCUAUUUCACUUCUACGAUUGGUACUGCCACACGCUGAUAUCAAUUAUAAUGACGGUGAGGCACUGAAAUUAGCUGUUCAAAGUGGCUUCGUCGAAGCCGAAGAUCUUCUACUCAAUUCUCGCACAUCGGCUGCAUCUGCUGCGACGAGGGCAAUCGCCUUCCAGGAGGCUAUGAAGUCAGAGAAUAGAGAAGAACGAUGCAGUAUGGCAAAGAGAUUGUUGAAAGCAGGAAUUGAUCGAGACAUCGUGUCGAAUGCUCUCGUUGAUGCGGUCAAGCUUGAAGACUUCCAACUGUCAGAAAUUUUGCUCCAAAAUGGUGGCUCGGUGGAGUACAAGGGUGGCGAAGCAGUGUGUUCGGCUGCAAGGGCUGGCAACGUUGAGCUCUUAAAACUGCUUGUUUCCUCGAAACCAUCGCUACCAACCUUGUUUGUAGGUUUUGGCGGUGCUUUAUCUUUGAGAGGGGAAACAUACUUCCAGAUUUUGCAGGUUCUUCUGGAAGCUGGCAUGCGUGGAGAGGCUGUUGAUGAUGCGCUUAUCGAGACUGUCAAGCAAGGAGACUCGAGCCUGAGAAUGACUGAGCUAUUGUGUAAGAAUGGAGCUUCAGUUGAAUGGAAAGAGGGCGAAGCGAUUGUGACGGCGGCAGGUUCAGCUAUGCUUCAGACUCUGGAUUUACUCUUGGAGCGAUCACUAUCACAAGCAGUACUAGGACGAGCAUAUACAGCAGCUUCGACACUUUCGAAAGAACAGCACAUCCAAGUCAUCGAACGACUACUGAAAGCUGGAAAGGAGAUCGAUACCGACGUGACGAGGAGUCUCACUGUAGCGACAAUGGAAGUCCCAUCAGAUCGACAAAUGAUCAAGAUGCUUCUAGCUAGAGGUAUCUUCGAUGAGGGACAAGCACUGGCGCACGCAGCACAAGCUCUUGAUCUCCGCACUUUGACAAUGCUUGUGAACUCUCCCAAGGCUGCCGACUAUAUCUCGGUUGCUUUUGAAGCAGUUAUCAUCAACGACGAACUUUGGCGAUCUGCGACCGGUCUUACUGUAGUAAAGCUUUUACUCGACAAAGGAGCGUCGGGUCCAGGGGUGGCCGAGGCACUUUACCAAGCAGUUGCUUCGCUUGAAAACAUCACGGAAGAAACAGAGACGCUCGCAAACGAUUUUAUAGAUGCCUGCCUGAAACAUGGUGCCGAUGUCAACUAUCAACGUGGACUCGCAUUACAACGAGCAACUCUGCAGGCAAACAUGCCUCUCGUAACAAAAUUGCUACCCAGAGCCAGUCCAGAGAGCAAAGCAAUGGCACUACCAUACAUCUUCUCAGUUUGUGAAGAUAAAGCUAAUCUUCUGACAACCCUCGCAGCCUUCGUCGAAUCUUUCGACGAUGAUGGAGAAAGCUUGGACGUCAUGUUUAGACACCCUGACGAGAAUCUGGAACCAGUUCUAUUCUUAGCUUUACAGAGAUUUCCUAGAGAUACGCAAAUUCUGAGUUACCUGCUUGAAAUGGGGUAUACGGCAAAUCAGUGGCAAUUCUGCGCAAGUGAGGAGGAUCUCGGACCUGAGCGUUGGCCGAUUCUUUGUUGGGCUCUUGAGCAGCCGGAGAAGAGGAUAUCGACUUCCGUGAUUGAGAUGCUGAUUGAUGCAGGAGCCAAUGUUAAUUACACUUCCAAGACUGGAGUGAGCCCACUUUGGCUGGCAAUCAGAAAUCAGCGGGUGGAAAUCGUCUCGAAACUUAUCGACCGCGGUGUCAAUGUUUCCAUUGAAGACUCAGAAGGCAUUACUCCACUUGCACUAGCAAGCUCGAUGAACAACAUAGCUCUCAUGGAAUGCCUACUCAAAUCAGACGCCGAAGUGGACGACGGGAGUCUUCACGACGUCACACGAGAACUAAAAAUGGACAAAAUGCGCAUCCUCGUCCAAUACAGACACAAACCCAACUACCCCAGCGACCGCCACGACGGGCGCAGCGCCCUCGCCGAGCUCUGCCUGAAAGCCGUCGACCACGACCCCACCGUCAAACAACUCGAAAAAGCCAUUCAAUUCCUCAUCAUCAACAACGCCAAAAUCACCCUCCGCAACGUCUCCGGCAAAACCAUCUUCCACUACGCCCUCGACUCCUCGAACCCCGUCCUGAUCCUCACCGCCAUGCUGAAAAUCCUCUGGGAGCACGUCAACGACGACGCGUUCCUCUACGUCGCCAAAGACUACACUUAUUCGCUCACCAAAUACGUCGAAAAGGACCUCUUCCUCGGGCCUCCCCAUCAAAAACCCGAAAUCCUGGCCCUGCUCCGCAAAAAGCAGGCCACGGACCGCUUCUGGGCCACCGAUAUCAUGGCCGCGCAGCCGGACGACUACUGCAACGGGCCGCCACACAUCGAAGAAGAAGUGAUCCGGCAAAAAGCGCGCUUGAAGCGACAAGCCGAGAUGCGCGAGGAGGCCGCCUACGCGCUGAGACUGAAGAAGAUGGCCGCCGAAGGCGACGUCGAGGUCUUGCAGAUCGCAGCAAGAGGCGAGUAUGCGCGCAUGCAAGAGAAAGCUCGCGUGGAGAAGGAAUUGCUGGAAGCGGCUUCGAUCACGCAACUUCAGAUUAGCGAGGAUGCGUGGAAUCAGGCGGCACGCCUACAGGAGGAGGCCAGGGUGCAGGAUAUCCGACAUCAGAGGCAGCUGGGCGACGUGCAGAUUUCGGUUGCGCGACGCAUCAAGGAGGAGGCGGCGGAGCAGGAUCGCAGUCGGAAUAUGAUGCAGAUUGAGUAUUUGGAUAAGAAGAUCGAGCUGGAGAAUGGCGGGCUGAGAGGCAGGUUGAUGAUUGAGGAGCAGGGGGCCGAGAGUCUGAGUCGGGUGAAUAUGAAGGAGCAUGAGAGGGAGGUGGCGCGGUUGAAGAUGCAGAAACAGUUGUUGGGGCAGCAGCAGAGUUUUGCGAGUAGUAUAAGAGGGAGUGUGAGUGGGCAAAGUGGUGGGUAUCCCGGGCAGAGGCAGAUUGGGUUUAUUUCUGAGGUGCCGAAUUAG